CAAAGACUUGCAAGAGGCGAAUAACAAUUGCCUUCUGAGCAGUAAACCUUCAACCUCAAGUUUCUCAGCAGGGAUAAUCAAUCCCACAUUCCAUGACAACUAAUGUGUUGAAUACAUUUUAAAUGACCUGUCACAAAAUCAAAUGACAGUAGGCUGUGGCAGGUCAUUUAAAAUGUAUUCAACACAUCAGUUGUCAUGGAAUGUGAUUAUCCCUAUCCCUGCUGAGAAACUAGAGAUUGAAGGUUUACUGCUUAAGAAGGCAAUUGUUAUUCGCCUCUUGCAAGACUUUACUUUCAAGAAGGCGUCAAAAGAUCUUGAGUACUUUAUGUAUGUAACUACAUUGGAGAAGAUUGGGGAGGGGAUAGUUCGAAAAAACACUGGUGCUGUGCUUUUCUCUGUAGAAUUCAGCUGUGUAACCUUCAAGAUACUCCGCGGAGAGACCUUGGAAGGGGUUGUUCACAAGAUCUUGAAGCAAGGUAUCUUUUUGAGGUGUGGCCCAACCGACAAGAUAUUCCUCUCUCAUCAAAAGAUGGUGGAUUAUAAGUAUGUGCCUGAAGAAAAUCCUUUAUUUAUGAAUGAGAAGAUGCCAAUAAUAGAGAAAGGCACCGUGGUGCGCUUCAUCGUGGUUGGAGCUAGGUAUGUGGAGGCAGAGAAGGAAUUCCAAGCAGUUGUGAGCUUGGAAGGUGAUUAA